CGAUUGUCUACGGCUAGGCCGACGUUCCCAUCCAUGACAUACGCUGCUCCAGCGGGCAAAAACAUUACUAGCAGUGUCGCCGAACCUCAUCACGACGUCAGGGAUAUUCUAAGCGACUUCCUGAAACGGGGCAUGGCCAAUAAACACGCACGUCACUCAAUUCUGCGACACAAGGAUGAUCAUCUCUAUGAUGAUAUCAUCAAGGAAGUGGCCGACCUCUUCGCCGCCGCCGGAGACGACAAGAUAUUCGUCGAGAGGUUCAGUCGUACCGGCUGCUCAGAUCACAUACGGGCACACAAGCACCGAACACCAGCACUACAUUGCCCUCUACACCGUGUGCCUCCUCUACGCGGACGACCUGGGCAUCCGACACCUCGACGCUUUAACCCAGUUCUCCCGUCGCUUCUCCACAGGAGAGAAACAGCUAAACCCCGUCUUGAAUAAACUCACCGAGCUUAUGAGGCAGGCAUAUGACCUCUGGCCACAAGUCGGAGCUGACGCCAUCGUUUCCGGAACUCUCGAGGCGGUAUCGGCCAUGUACAUCGAGUGCACGAGCGGGGAUAUGAAGAUCACCCCGCAGGCGACAUUGUGGCCGAAUUAUUUCCGGAACAGGUCGGGGAUUUGCCCUCCGUACGCUCACUUCAACUUCGUGAAGAACUGGCGGUCGGCUCCGGAUUCGUAUCUGCAACUGCUACCGUACCUUGAGUUCUACAUCGUUGCAGCUAACGAUGUCCUGUCGUUCUACAAGGAACAACUAGCUGGAGAGACAAAGAACUACAUCCAUAUCCGGGCUACGACAGAUCAAAUGACGCCUGUCGACAUGCUGCGCCGGGUCGCGGACGAAGUCCUCGCUUGUGGUGAACGAGUCGAACUACUCAUCGGGGACGAUGCGCAGUUGAUGAGAAUAUGGCGGUCGUUCGAACACUUGCGUAUACGGAAGCUGAUGUAACACUGCAGGCAUAGUUGCUCAUGCAAUUGACAGGGUGU